CUCGGCCUCAUAACACUGCCAGACGUCACACCAUGAAGAGGCUUUCACUCACACUCCUCCUCCUCCUCCACGCUUGGGCGUGGGGAGCAGUGGUGCACCGGCCGCGGCUACUGGCGGCAGGGUCGUGGGAGCCGCCACAGUUGGGCAGUUUCAUCAUUGACGGAGACGACGCAACCCCGGGGGAAUUCCCACACCAGGUGUCGGUGCAGCGGGAGAGCUCCCUGGGACUAAUACAUGUGUGUGGCGGCACCAUCGUCUCUGUGAGGUUUAUCCUGACGGCAGCACACUGUGUCAGCGGGAUGUCUCAUACCACCGUGAAGGUGGUGGCGGGUGUCACGGACCUUCUCGACCCCAAGGCCCAAGUAGCCCAGGCGAAGCACUUUAUCCAUCACGACUCUUACAACUCUAUCACCAACUCUAACGACAUCCUUCUCAUCAAGUUGAAAGAGGAACUGCUGCUGGGGACGUUAGUGCAGACGCUGGCGCUGCCUCCUAAUGGGGAGGUGGUGGGGGAAGGCGCCAUAUGUACCGUUAUAGGCUGGGGCGCCAUCACCAAGAGUGGCGGCGUCUAUGAAACCUUGCAGAAGGUGGCGGUGCCGGUUGUAUCGAAAGAGUCAUGCAGAAUGUCGUACGGUGAGGCGGCCGUGGAUUACAAUAUGAUCUGUGCUGGGUCGAGUGUCGGUGACGCUUGCAACGGUGACAAGGGCGGACCGCUGCUGUGUAGUGGACACCUGCAUGGAGUGGCAUCGUGGGGGGAGGGAUGUGGAAAUGCCUUCUAUCCCACUGUGUACAUGGAGGUGACUUACUUCCGGGACUGGAUCCUGAAAUACAUCACACACAACUAACACACUACCUCGCCAGCAACAGGUCCAGCUACCUGUGUGAUGUUCUGGGCUGCUGAUGAUGAUGAUGCUUCUUGCUUAGGAUUCACCAUGAAUACACACCAUUGCAUUAUCCAUGAAUUCCUUCCAGCCACUUUAAUCAUUGCUCCAAAAAUUAAAUGGAAUAUGAUUUUAAGUGAAUAGGAUUGAUAGUUCUAGAGCUUUCCUGGCAGGUGGCGUGGCUGUGUUUACUUCACCCACAAUACAGUACAGGACUCGCAGAUACUCGCCUGUUAUUAGCCUUUUUAAGGAUGUUAUGUUGACUUUUGUUAAGUUAAAUACCCUAAUAUAUAUAAACUUUAACCGUCUAUUUGCUGUAUGUUGUUAUUUGUUUUAUUUAAGCUUAUAAACAAAUGUGUAUAAUUUGACUCUUGCUGUGGGUGGACAGUGACACAUUACCCAGAGCAAGUGUUUAUAAAUCUAGAUUGUAUAUUAUAUCAGUUUCCGUGAAUCAACUGUACGAUUUCGUCAUUGCAUCACAACUUUUAAAAUACAGUUUUUACCAUAGUAUAGAUAUUUUUUGUUGGUAAUAAAUAUAUAGUCAUAAAAAAUGCUCAGUUUUCCUACAGAUGUUUAUAAGAAUCUGGUUGACUGCUUUAUUAGUCCUUAGGGUACCACAGCUUAUGACAGUCAUGCCUUAUGUCGGUUCUAUGUUGUGAUCUGCCCUCACCACAGCCUCAACACCUCAAGCUGGCAGCUUUUGAGGCCACUUUUAAUUGAGGAUAAAUAUUAACACUCCUUAUUAGCUUUUCUAAGAGAUUAAAUUUUAAUAAUGAUAAAUAAACAAUAGGAAUAAUACAAUAAUGAGUAUGGUCCUGUAAUAGCUGGGUACAGUUUUAGGUAAUUU